CAUAUCAAAACAGAUGACGUGAGGUUUUUUUAACCGUGAUAUUGUAAAUCGAGGACACCAACAAUGGAUCAUGCCUAUGAUAUAAAAGCUUGGAUUUAUUUGAGAAAAUUAGUUAUAGAACACCAAGAGGUUGUUUGGACAGCACACGGAAGUUUGCCAAAGAUUGGAUGAAAAAAUUGUUUAUCGCACUCAUGACUAGUAAGGCCUAACUACAGUUCAAAAGGACAGAACCCAAUACCAAGACAAUAUAUUCAUGAGAAGACUAAAUCGAAAGCUAGAGCAAGAGUCUUCAAUAUGCAUCCCAUGAAACCUGUUGCCGUAUUUUCAUUACUGCUUGCAUCGCUCCUAGCUGGAGCUAAUGGAGAAGAAUGUGAAACAAACAGAUGUCCUGGAAAUGAACGAUGUUUGACGAGGGAUGUCCCUGGUCUACCUGACUAUGUGUGUGAAUGUACCCAGCCCUACUAUAUGGGCUAUAACUGUAGGGCAACAUCAAAUACCAAAACUAUUGAUACCUGUUACGGAGAUCAAUGCAUAACCGGAAAUUUCUCAUCUCCAAACUAUUUCACAACUGGCUACAACAACAGUGAAUCCUCAUUGUAUCUUAUUUACAUCCCACGAGCAACAGAGAUUCGCUUCACAUUUGCAAGUACUUUUCAAAUUGAAAGAAAUGAUGAUGAGCUGUACGUUGGAGAAGGACUUAUAAUCCCUUACUUGUCUCUGGCAUUUGGAAAUAUCCCCCCUAAGCAAUACUUCUUUGAUGGAUUUGGACCUCCGAGUCCAUUUAGUGUCUACAAUGAUACAGUCUGGAUGUACUUCGCUACUCAUAGAGGUGGAGGAACAUAUCAGGGCUUCCAGAUAUUCUGGAAUGCUACUGUAGCAGAUCCACCAACAACAAUACCAAUGACUACUGAAUCUGUAGCAAGUUCAAAUGUUUCCCAAAGUGGAUUUAUUGCAACACUGAUUGUAUCUGUUAUUCUUGCCAUCUCAUCUGGCUUCUAAUAAAAUAUGUCACUGAACUAAAGGCAAGUCAUUCACUUAACCUUUCUCGGAAAAUGAGCUGCAGCAAAACAAAUCUUAUGAGCAAAUGCACAGCAAUAACAAUCUUUUUGAAAAAUAGAAUCCAAGUAUAUGUUGAAUUGUCCAUUUUGAUUGAUUCAACUUUCCAGCUAACUGUCAAAGGCUCAAGCUGCUAAUCAAUUCAAAAUCUGUAAAUAAUUUAUGCAACCUUAACACUUGCUUCUUCAUUUCAUUGCUUAUCUUCCUGAUAUCUCCUUGCCUACAUGCUCUUUCUCUUGCCUUUUCCACCUCGUCUUUCUAUCAUCUACAUCUGCAAAUGCAGGAUUCCAAUAACAGCCAAUGGUCAGUCAAAGCCAUCUAACAGUAAAU